AUGGAUUAUACACUUCCAACUAAAUUUCCCAAAAACUUCCUAUUUGGAACAGCUACCGCUGCUUAUCAAAUCGAAGGCGCUACGAACGAAAAUGGUCGUGGUGUCAGUGUUUGGGAUGCUAUUCGCCGUGAAGAAGGUAGAAUCAAAGAUGGGUCUAGCAUUUCUCAAUCGUGCGAAAGUUUUAAAAAAUAUAAAGAAGACAUUGAGUUGCUGAAAAACCUUGGAGUCACUGCUUAUCGCUUUUCAAUUUGUUGGUCAAGAAUUCUUCCAAAUGGCACACUUUCUACAAUCAAUGAAGAAGGAAUUGCAUAUUAUUUAGAUUUAUGUGAACGUCUUGUUGCUAAUAAUAUGAAGCCUAUUGUUACUUUAUUUCAUGCUGACAUGCCUCUCACCAUUUACGACAGUGGGACAUGGUUGAAUAAACGAAACUGUGAACACUUCGCAAACUUUGCCAAUUUAUGUUUUCAAAAAUUUGGGCACUUAGUAAAAACGUGGAUAACAUUUAACGAGAUCAACAUGCAGGCAUGGGCUGGAGUUGCUAAAUAUGAAGGAUGUCCAUGGCACAGCCCAGACCGCCCAGACCCUGAAAAUAAGGAAAGCGUUGCCUAUCGGGCAGCUCAUAAUAUGAUACUUACACAUGCAAAAAUUUACGGCAUAUAUCAAGAAAAGUACAAAAAAGAACAAAAUGGUCACAUUGGCCUUAUUAUUGGAGGACGUUUUUGCUAUCCCGCGACAAAAUCCAUUAAUGAUAUUGAGGCUAGCCAGAGAGGCAAUGAUUGCCUUGUCAGUAACACAAUUGAGCCAAUUCUUGGAAAUAAUGGAAGUUAUCCCGAAUCAAUCAAGAAAUUUUACCCGGAAUUCACAGAAAACGAGAAGGAGUUGAUAAAAGGUAGCAUCGAUUUCCUCGGCAUAAACUAUUAUCUGAGUCACUUGGUGAGAGAUAAUAAAGAACGCGGAAACGUGCAAUAUGAGAGCGAUGGAAGAAUUUGCGGCGAACAAUGGGUACGUUAUAUUCCACAAGGAUUGCACGAUCUCUUAAAAUAUAUCAAGUUAAAGUAUGGAAAUAUUCCUGUAAUGAUUACUGAAAACGGAUGUAUGGACGUAGAUGGAUCAGAUCCUUUGAGAGACGCACAUAGGAUUAAAUAUAUAGAAGGUCACAUCUCAGCAGUUUCAAAAGCUAUUCGUGAUGGAUGCAAUGUAACUGGUUAUAUUGCAUGGAGUUUGAUGGAUAAUUUCGAGUGGGAUGACGGAUUUGCCAUUCGAUUUGGGCUCUAUCGAGUUGAGUUUGAAAACGAUCAAAAAACUCGUAUCAUGAAAGAUUCCGCCAAAUUUUACAAAAACUUUAUUGCUCGUUAUAAGGAACACCAUAAAUUAACUCAUUAA